AGGAAGAACAGGAUGGGCAGGUAAAGGUGGGGGUAGACAGGUAAAGGUGAGCUCCUCUCUGUCGCGCGUACUACUACUCAGGGAAAUACACCGACGUUUUGUUUGACUCCUUUGUUUCUCCAUUUUGAGCCGACUGUAUAACCACAAAAUGGUGAAGCAGGAGCAGGAGUUAGCCAACCGGCCUGACAACACCGCCUUCACUCAGCAGAGACUUCCGGCAUGGCAGCCCAUGCUCUCCGCUGGCAUUGUCAUCCCAGGGUUUGUCGUCAUCGGCCUGGCGUUCAUCGGCAUUGGCGUUGCACUCUUUGUCACCUCACAGAGCAUCCAGGUGUUGGAGUUGGACUACACUGGGGUUGCCCCAGGGUCAGAAUGCUUCAAGUGCACUGACCCAAAACCAACGCCUUGUGUGUGCGAGCUGACCUUCGACAUUGACACUUUAUUUAAGGGACCCGUGUUCUUUUAUUAUGGGUUGGCAAACUACUUCCAGAACUACAGGAGGUACGGUGCGUCCAAAGAUGAUAGCCAGCUGUCUGGAGACUUGGAUGCCUUUAAGGGUCCCGAUGACACCUGUGCACCCUAUGACUAUGACAGCAACGACAAACCAAUUGUACCAUGUGGAUCAAUAGCAAACAGCAUGUUCAAUGACACCUUCAAGCUGUAUCAGAUCGUCAAUGGGACAAAGAAACUGGUGCCCUUCGAUGGAAAAGGGAUUGCUUGGUGGACAGAUUACAACGUCAAAUACAGAAACCCCAGUGUCACUCCUCUGAAGGACGCAUUCAACGGUACUGUGAAACCCUUAUUUUGGCCCAGGCCUGCUUACGAGUUGGACACCGCAGACCCCGCUAACAACGGCUUCAUCAAUCAAGACUUCCUGGUGUGGAUGAGGAGGGCGGCCCUGCCAGAUUUCAGAAAGCUGUAUCGACGAAUCACAGAGGGGGAUUAUAAAGAGGGUCUGCCAGCUGGAAACUACUCCCUUGAAAUUGCCUACAACUAUCCUGUUCUGAGCUUUGAUGGGAGAAAGAAGGUGGUGUUCAGCAACGUGUCCUGGAUGGGUGGCAAGAAUGAGUUCCUGGGCAUUGCCUACCUCGUGGUUGGUUCACUGUGCGUCUUCAUGUCCAUAGUCAUGCUCAUCGUCUAUGCUAAAUUCAAGUUUCCUGAGGAAGACUGAGGAUGGAGGUUUAUCAACCCUAUCAACAUUUUUUUCCUUCUUUUUAUCCGUUUUUACUCAAUGGGAUGAUAAGCGCAUAGUACAGUGCUCCCACAAAGGGGAGUAAAGAGCGAGACUCCACUUAUGAACAUGUGAUAUUCUGGACAUGAAGAUGUAUCCUGAGGAGUAGAGGAUGCCUGGUCUCGACACUGGAGUUCCCCAUGACUGCAAAAUAGGAUGAUUUUCAAUAUGGGGACAUAUUGGGAUAAUAUGGGGACACUACUUGUCUACAAAGUUAGGUUCUCCUGAGUGCAAAAACACCGCAAAGUCAGCUACCAUUCCUUGCUGGUGGAACAGCUGUAAGCAGUGUCUCUUAAAUUUUUACAUCAUCACAAAAUGAGCUUCUUCCUCAUUUUAGGUCAGUAAUAAAUCAUUAUAAAGCCAUAAACUAUUUGAUAAGCCAUAUGAUACUGGACAAGAAUUUUUACUUGAUUGUGUGAGAUGUUUAGCUUUGCUUGGAAAUAAUGCUGUAAGAUGUGGGAAUUUUAACUCAGGGAUCUGGUGUACGGGCUAUGCAAGCUCAUGUUUUAACUCGUGCCAUGGUUAUUUUACUUCAAGUUGAUAUUUAUUAAAUAAAAUGACAAAAAACAAUUA